CGCAAGAAGGGCGGAGCGCCUAGUAGGGUCUGGCGGUGUUCGAGCUGUCGCGGCCGGAGACGAGUGACCGGAACGGUUUGAAUAUCUACAUUCCAGUUUUUGUGUCUAUCAAGAGUUUUAAUUCAUCAUGGAUAAUCUGUCAUCAGAAGAAAUUCAGUUGAGGGCUCACCAGGUUACUGAUGAGUCUCUGGAAAGUACAAGAAGAAUCCUGGGUUUAGCCAUUGAGUCUCAGGAUGCAGGAAUCAAGACUAUCACUAUGCUGGAUGAACAAGGGGAACAACUAAACCGCAUAGAAGAAGGCAUGGACCAAAUAAAUAAAGACAUGAGAGAGGCAGAGAAGACUUUAACAGAACUCAACAAGUGCUGUGGCCUUUGUGUCUGUCCAUGUAAUAGGACAAAGAACUUUGAGUCUGGUAAGGCCUAUAAGACAACAUGGGGAGAUGGCGGAGACAACUCUUCUAGCAAUGUAGUAUCUAAGCAGCCAGGCCGAGUGACAAACGGUCAGCCUCAGCAAGCAACCACAGGAGCAGCCAGUGGUGGAUACAUUAAACGUAUAACAAAUGAUGCGAGAGAAGAUGAAAUGGAAGAGAACCUCACUCAAGUGGGAAGUAUUCUAGGAAAUCUAAAAAACAUGGCCCUGGACAUGGGGAAUGAGAUUGAGGCUCAAAAUCGACAAAUAGACCGGAUCACAGAAAAGGCUGACACCAACAAAGAUCGUAUUGAUAUUGCCAAUGCCAGAGCAAAGAAACUCAUUGACAGCUAAAGUACUGCUGUACUUCUUUACCAUUUACUCUCUUAUCUAGCUCUUCCUUCAGUCAUUGCCUUUUCAGAAUUUGAAAUUUUGGUUCCACGCUCUUCUACUCAGGAGAUAAUGUGGAGGAGGGGCUAGGAGUGACAGCCCCCAUUUUUUUCCUUUUUCCCUUGAGGGUAGACUGAUGCUUGACCUUCCUUCUAGUAUUUUCUUUCUCAGCUUAUACUCUUAGCUUGGUUUUUAUACAUCAUAUGUUGCAUUGUUUUUCACCCUCCUCAUUUACUGUAGCAGGUUCUUCUGCUUUCAAGAUUUGGAAGCAUUGCCAAAGACAGCCAUGAAAAAGGAAGUUGGAAGCAGGGGUGGGGGAGUACAAGAAGGAGAAAUAAGAGAUAAGAGGUUGUUACCUCAGUAAAACCUUCAGGUCACAAAGCAAAAAGUUGCAUAGCCACAGUAAAUAUCUAAUUGGGUUUAGAUUUUAAGUUGCAGUUAUUGCCAAUUUAGGCUAAUACUUGGUUUUGGAGCUUUUAUAUAUAAUAUUUUUGUUAUACAUCACAACUUUGCAACCUCUGCUUCAAAAAAGAAUAGAAUGAGUUUUCUUAACGUGAGCUUAAUUUGUGAACUCUUGAUGAUUCAUAUAUGUACAUAGAUUCUGUGAUCACAUUUCAUAUUGCACCAUACAGGAACACUUUGUACAAAUGAAUGGCUUUUUAUUUUCAUAUUAUUAGUAUCAUGGUUCCAAUUCAAGCCUAUUAACCUCAUAAAUUUGUCAUUAGUCUUUGAAGAAAAAUAUGUAAAUAUGUAUGUGUAACAUGAGAAUUUCUGUCUAAAGCAGGGCUUAACAUUUUUUUUUUUUGAAAGUUUGACAAACUAAAUUACGUGAUUUCAGAUUUACCUCAAUGCCAAGAAUUAUGUUUAGAUAGGAAAAAAUAAACUUGUUUGAUCUCAGGUAGAAAAAUUGUUAGAUUACUUUGAGUUUUGUGUAGAUUCAGACUUUUAAAAAGCUAGAAUUCUGUUUAACUAAAAGUGAUUUGGAAAAUUAUGCUUUGGUUUGAUUAUUGAUUAUUGUAUUAUCCUUCUUUUAGCCUUGUGUAUUGAACUAUGUUCAGAAUCAUGUUUAGCUCCUGACAGUGUUAUAAAAAUCUGAUUGGUAUUUGUCACCUUUAUUUAAAAGCUAGCACCUGCACACAUCAAAGCCAUUAAUGUGGAUUGGUUUGACCAAUAACCACUGCUUGAUCCUUACAAUUAAAUUUUGUAACUAAUGGUAUUGUUCUUUGAAAUAGGUGUGUUUCUAUGACUGCCUUUUUUUUUCCCCUUGGCGGAGGGGACAACCAAUUCAUAAGCUCUUAUCUAACAAAUUGAGUAAAAGAAAGGUCCAUAAAUCAAGAAGCACUCUAACAGAAAGCUACAUUUAGGUAUCUUUCCCAUUUGUAUUAGAAUUACUGACAGGACUUUCUAAGAUUUGUCAUGAGGUUCAUUUUAAUCAUUACUAGUCUUUUACUCAUUUGAGCUUAAAUACACUAGUGACUGAAAGGAUAGUGUUUAUGAGAGAGAAUUACAAUGUACUUGAAAAGAUACAAUUAACAUGGGAAUUUUCAAAGGCUAAAGAGGAAAAUAUUUAAAGUGAGAUUCAUUUAGGCCCUCUGUAACAGAAAUGCUUCAUGCUAAAGAGAGUAGUUUGGCAGGUGAUGGUACAUGUAUAAAGUAAGAAGAUAUAAAACACUGGGGAUUGUGCUAUACCUAAAUGCCCUUCUAAAAGCAUUUAGGAAAAAAUUCUUUAACACUAUUAUGGCUAAAAGAAGUUGUUCUGAGGAUACCAAUAUGUAGUUAGAAGUGUAAGCUUAAGCAUCAGAUUGUCUGGAUUUACCCUGUAGCUCUGCCACUUGCUGGAUGAGUGACUAUAGGCCCAUUUCUGCGCUUCAGUUUCCUUGUCUGUAAAUGGGAAUGAACAAUUCCUACCUCAGAGUUGUUGCAAAGACUUAAUUAACAUGGUAAUGCAUGGAAAGCACUUAGAGCAGUGUCCAGCAAAUGUAAGAGCUUAAUAAAUGAUAGCUGCUAUUCUCUCUCGAGUGGAGGUCUUUUGGGGUGAAGGAUCCCUUUGUGAAUUUGAUGAAAGACAACACAGCCUUUUUCAGCAGAGGAAGAGACACACAAAUAUGACUCAUGCAUAAAUGGGUCUUGAAAGCCCAUCCAUGGAUCUCAGUUUACAAACUUUCUGGUUGAUUCUUGUAUGUGUCCUGACUGGAAAUUGAACCUGCACCUUUGGAGUAUGGGGCUGAUGCUCUAACCAACUGAGCUACCCCAUCAGGGCACAAACUUUUUUAAAGAUUGUGCUGAGAAAGAGGAUGAGGCCAUAGAAAUUGGGCCCAUAAUACAUUAGAAAUAGAAGCUGUUG